CCCACUUUUUAAAAUUCAGUUAUUGUAAAUAUUUGAAGGCUACAUUUUCUAAAGGAAUAGCUGAAUGGCUACAUAAAAAAUAAAGUGAAUUUUCUAAAAGAUUAAGUAGCAUUUGGUGGCUCUCACGGGGUUCUGGUCUGUCAAAAACUGGACCAAAUGGCUCUUUUGGUGUUAAAGGUUGCAGAUUCCUGUCUUAAAAUUAUCUGAUUUCUAAAGUUCAUGGCAACACAUCUGAUUUGAUUAUAGUAAUCUGAUUUCUCUUAGAUUUAUAAUAAAUAUAUUUUUAAUAUAUUUUUUAAAAGCUGUACUCUUAGCUGGCUAGAAAUUCCUCCUAUAGGUAUAAAGUGGAAUAGGAUGUGAUGAUGAGAUAAAUGAUCUUGGGUAGGACAAACAAGUGAUGAAAAUAUUUUGACUGAUCUUGCUUUUAUCAAAAGGGGAAAUCCUAAAGACUAUUAACAUUUUUUUAACCAGUCAGAUGCUUGAAGAUCUAAAAGAUAAAGAUAGAGAUAAAGCCACUUUAAAUUAAAUCCAUUCCACCUGCUGAUCUAAAGAUGAAUCGUUUAUUGUACAUUCAUUCAUUCAUUUUCCUGACCGCUUCGUCCCUUUCGGGGUCGUGGGGCGCCGGAGCCUAUCCCGGCUACUGAUGGGCGAAGGCGGGGUACACCCUGGACAGGUCGCCAGUCUGUCACAGGGCCUGUUUAUUGUACAAUUUCUCCAAAUAAGAUCAGUGUAAAAUCCUACUAUGCUGAUACUUUUUCCGUUUUGGAAUUCAUAAAAGUUAAUAUUUUUAACCAUUAAAACUUUAGCGUUUUACUUGUUUUUGGUGAUUCUUUGACUUUAGUAGAAAUUAAUUGCUAGAACUAAUUACAAAUAUCAUAAUAAAAUUGAGAUAUUGCUUACACUUUCUUUAUACAAGUUCUCCUCAGCAGACAUUUUAUGAUUAUAUUUUAUUUUUUUUAAUUUUUUUUAUAUGUAAAAUCUUGUUUUCAUCAUGAACAAAUCUCAAAAACAAAGAUUUUUCAUUAAGAUAAAGCUGUUUUUUAUACUAUUUGAGCUCUCUUGUGCACAUCACCACUAAAAUAUUUUCAAAAACAUAUCAAGCAGACAACAGCAGGUGAGCACAAAGAGUUAAGUCCAUGAAAGUCAUAACCAAUCAAGUCCAAGCUCUCCAGAGCCAGCCGUCCAGAGAGCUGUGAAAAGAGGAGGUUUCAUCCUCUCUGCUCCUCUGUCCUCCUCUGCAGACCCAUGGCUUCUCCUACAACUUUGCAGAGUGACUCGACUUUUUAAACAUAUUGAUCUGGAUGGCGAGAGGGUGUGCGCGCAGAGAUGGAGUUCUGAGAAAGGAAAGCAACAAGAAAGAAUUGAUGGAACCACAACAGGUUAUGUCAACACGGCCUGAGGAGGACAAAUUGAUCUAAGAGUGUGGGAAGUUGUUUGUUGACGAUGCUGAUCAUCUGCGCUUUGGCUCUUUCCCACUGUUUCAUCACCAUCACUGCAGUGAUCGACUCUGAUGAUGUCAUCACGCGAGAUGAGCAGAUCUACGUUCUGACCGGGGUCCAGGCCAGGUGUGAACGGAGCAUCCAGACGGCCUCCGUUAAAGACGGAGAUUGCGCCCCAGAGUGGGAUGGCAUCAUCUGCUGGCCUCGGAGCCGGGCGGGUCAGCUGGUGUCAGUCCCGUGUCCAGAGUACAUCUACGACUUCAAUCACAGAGGACGAGCGUACCGCCAGUGUGAUGUCACAGGAAACUGGGAGCUGGUAACCAGUAACAACCACACCUGGGCUAAUUACACCGAGUGCACCAGAUACCUGACCUCCAACCACAGAAGCCUCGAGGAGAAGGUGUUCAAGCGGCUCCAUCUCAUGUACACUGUUGGAUAUUCUAUCUCUCUGUCAUCCCUGUUGGUCGCCGUGUCCAUCCUUUGCUAUUUCAAACGUCUCCACUGCACACGCAAUUACAUCCACAUUCACCUCUUCACCUCCUUCAUUUGUCGAGCUGUUAGCAUUUUUGUGAAGGACAGCGUGCUCUACUCCAUCACUGACGACAGCAGAGCCGAGUUUCCAGCGGAAAGGUCGUACAUGGCUGGUUGUAAAGCUGCUGUUACCUUUUUCCUGUACUUCCUGGCAACCAAUCACUACUGGAUUCUGGCGGAGGGAUUGUAUCUCCAUAGCCUCAUCUUCAUGGCUCUCCUGUCCGACAAGAACUACCUGUGGGUCCUCACCAUCAUGGGAUGGGGUAUUCCUGCUGUUUUUGUGUCUAUCUGGGUCAGCGCGCGAGCCUCGCUGGCUGAUACUCAAUGUUGGGACAUCAGUGCUGGAAAUCUAAAGUGGAUCUAUCAAGUUCCCAUUUUGGCAGGCAUUUUUGUCAAUUUUCUUCUUUUUAUUAAUAUAAUUCGGGUGUUGGCCUCAAAACUUUGGGAAACAAACACUGGCAAACUGAACCCUCGACAACAGUACAGGAAGCUCCUGAAGUCCACUCUAGUGCUCAUGCCUCUGUUUGGAGUCCACUACAUUGUCUUCAUGGCGAUUCCCUACACUGAGGUGAAUGGGCUGCUCUGGCAGGUGCAGAUGCAUUAUGAGAUGUUCUUCAACUCUUCCCAGGGUUUUUUUGUGGCAUUUAUCUACUGUUUCUGCAAUGGGGAGGUGCAGGCGGAGGUGAAGAAGGCCUGGUUAAGACGCAGCCUCACGCUUGACCUCAAGCAGAAAGCCAGGAUUACGAGCAGCGGCGGAGGCAGCUGCUACUACGGCGGCAUGGUGUCUCACGCCACCACCCACAGCGUCUGCCUGCCUGCUGCCAAUCCAAGAGCCUUCGCCGGGGAUGGAUCAGUGGUGAGGCCGGCGCGCCACGCUUCUGUCACAGCGUUACAUCCUCACUAUGUUCAACCCGGAAACCCUCAGGAGCGGCGCGGCUCGGCGGUUUUCGCCAGAAAUGUUAUCAGAGGAAAUGAUGAAUGUAAAAGUCAUGGAUCGGACGAUCCAGACGUCUCCUCAUCUCUGAAGGAGAUAGAGACCCCCAUGUAGCUGCUGCUGGAGAAUUAAUACUAGAAAAUGGUACAAUUUCUGCCGCAUGAACAAUAAGGAAAUCCUUUAUUUCCAUUGCAUCACCUCUCAAGUUGUCCAACUUAUUUUAUUUUACAUUUGUGCUAAUGUGAACUUUUUGACUUUUAUGUCACAACCUCACUUCUUUCCCAAAAUAAAACCACAUCACGUCAUUUGUGAAAGACGAAACGAGGCUACAACAGUUGCCUUAACCGACUUUAAGAGUCAGCUGUGUCUAGACACGCCGUCUAGACAAAUCUCCCCCCUUUGUCGUCGUUCUUGUGGUCUAAAUGCUCCUAUUUAUCAGCUUGACAGGACCUCUGAAGGCUGUUGCACAGAGAUUGUUUUCCCCUAACUGAUUUCUCCAUGUAACCUCUGCCCCGAAUGCCCUCGCAGCACUGUCCAGAAUUUCACACACUCCCCCUCAGGCUGCGGCUCCACAGGUUCCUGAACUGUUUUGGAGACCUGGAGCGAGAGUGACAAAGCUGCAGCACAAGGUACCCGUAUUCUCAAGAAAAACAGACAGAAAGAGCUCUUGUAAAAUCUAUUACAGACAUUGGAGUGUACAGGAGUGGAGAGGUUUACCAUUUCUUUGUGUAAAAUGUAGAAACGUGAUAAUUUAAUGGGAGUUUUGAAGGUUUGUAAAUAAACUAAGUUGAAUUUAGAGAAAUUUUGUGGCAAUUUAUUUAUUUAUUUAUUUAUUUUAUUUAUGAGCACAUGUAAAAGGUUGAACAUAUUUUACAUCCUGACACAGGGGGCGGAGCUAGAUCCUUUUAUAUGGGGGGGCAGGAAAGGCAGGUGCAAUUUGCGUCAAAUUCACCUCUCUUUUGAGGCUCGUCUAAUUCGCUACUAAACACUGUCCAAAAAUGUGCUUGACGCCCCUUAUGCUUGUGGGAGGAGCUACCACCAACUGUUUUCGCUACGUGGAGUGGUGUCUGCGUAUAUCUCACUGAAGAGAGUGGAUUUAUUUAUUUUUAAAGGCUCUACAAAAACAUGUUUCCAUGUCUGGGUUCAUGAGAUCAUGAGAUACUCACUACAUAGAUUUGCCAUUUUCUAGCGCUGUCCAAAUCUAAAA